CCGGCUCUGCAGCCGCACCCCGAGCCACGUCCGCCGGGUUCCCCACGGGACGGGGAUGGGAAGCCCGUGAUGCUCGGGCUGGCCGAGGGCACGGCAUCACACCGGCCACCUCGGGGGCCGCGAUGCGAAGGCGAAAGGGACCACCACAUGGUCGGUUUUCAGCUUGGUUGGUCGGUUUUCUUUUUUUUAAAACAUCCCUUAGUCCCACAGGGAGGUUUAGAAGGGUCGGUUCGGAGACCUCGGGCUCCCAAAAGCCCCGUGCCCCCGCAGGGAGCGCUCGCCCGGAGCUGGAAGAGUCCGUCCCGCAGCCCACGCUGGUGCUCGGGAAACGCGGCGCUCACAGGCUUCCUCCUCCACCACACCUCCCUCUGAUCAGCGCCGCUCCCGGGAGCGGUGCUGCUACCUCCGGGGUAAUGAAAUCUCGAGGAGUCGGGGGUGUUCGUGCCCCGUGUCCCCACGCGUGACUGUGGUUUGUGCUUCCCCUGCGUCGCGGAGGGGGCAAAGCUUCCAGCAACCGGGGUUUUGGAAGACCCCGCUCUGGCAGGGAGGUUUGGUUUGCCGCCGGCGUCCUGGGAGAGGGAUCCGAGAUGUUUGGCUUGUGCGGGGGUAUCGGGUGGGGAAGACGAAGGGAGAUUUGCUAAAACGGCUCCGGGUUUGGAUCAUCAGGCUGGGGUGGGGGAAGGCUGCCCUUGGUGCUGCCCUUGACGAAAAUAAUGGAAGUCUCUCUCUUUUCUCAUGGGUAAAUGCUGGUUGGGGCUGGGACAUCCCCUUCCUGCCACCCUUUCAUCCUCCUCGGGACCAUCAGGAUUUGCUCCGCUCUCCCCCCCGUUACCAACAGCAAGCCAGGGGCUGGGGGUGGGGGAGGAAUUCGCCCCUCUCCUCUCCCUGCCCAGCCUUGGGACAUCUCCUGCUCCGUAGGAUCUCUGCAGUUCCCUCCCCACCCUACCCCAGAGCGACCAGAGGAGCCAAACUGAUUUUCCUCGGGGGUUUUCAGCCUAGUUGCAGUUUUCACGGGACUUAUUUCCGCUCCCCCUCCCCGCCCAGGCUGAAGAAGGAGGGUGGGUUUGCUGCCUGCGCAGCCCCGGGGGAGGAGGGCUUGAAGAGGCUCCUCCGUGUUCCUGCGGCAGUGGCUUUGUCACCACCCUGCCCUGGCGCAGCGAAGCGGGGACUUCGAUGACGCCAGCGCUCCAAAGACCAGCAUUGUUCAAAACGCCCGGCCGCGGACAGUUUCACUCGCAGCGCUGCCGGCGCUUACAGAAACGGGGCUUCUUGCUGCAGCUCUGGGUCACGGGCUUCGUUUCCAGCCUGCGGAGCGAUCCCUGCUGCGCUCGGCUCAACACCUGUAUAAAUCCGUACAGGAUCGGGGCCAGAAACGACGGUGAGACCCGGUGGAGCGUGCAAGGGGGGCAGAGCUGUGGCUGGUGCUGAUGCUCGGCUCGGUAACUCCUGGCUUGUUGAAUGUCGGCACCGGCGACCAAGCAGUUCCUGGAGGAGAUCAACAAGUGGACGGGCCAGUACAAUGUGUCCCCGCUCUCCUGGAACGUGGCCGUCAAGUUCCUCAUGGCCCGCAAGUUCGACGUCCUGCGGGCCAUCGAGCUCUUUCACUCCUACCGGGAGACGCGGCUGAAGGAAGGCAUCGUGAAGCUGAAGCCGCACGAGGAGCCGCUGCGCUCGGAGCUGCUCAGUGGCAAGUUCACCAUUCUGAGCGUGCGGGACCCCUCGGGAGCCUCCAUCGCCCUCUUCACGGCCAAGCUGCACCACCCCAGCAAGAGCGUGCAGCACGUGGUGCUCCAGGCGCUCUUCUACCUGCUGGACCGAGCGGUGGAGAGCUUCGAAACCCAGAGGAAUGGGCUCGUGUUCAUCUAUGACAUGGCGGGCUCGCAGUACACCAAUUUCGAGCUGGACCUCAGCAAGAAGAUCCUCAACCUGCUGAAGGGUGCCUUCCCGGCUCGGCUUAAGAAGGUUUUCAUCGUGGGAGCGCCCAUGUGGUUUCGCGUGCCCUACUCCAUCAUCAGCCUGCUGCUGAAGGAGAAGCUGCGGGAACGGGUGCAGAUGGUGAAGAUGUCAGAGCUGAAGGAGCACCUACCCCGGGAAUGCCUCCCCGAGUACCUCGGGGGAUCCCUCAAACUGGACCCUCUGAGCUGGAACUGCCGGUUCCUGCCCCAGCAGAACGGGCACCCCGACCCGCUGGAUGAGCUCAUCCUGGUGCCGCUGGUGGCCCCCAAAGACAACGGCUCCGUCCACGUCCCCGGGCCCAAGUCCGUCACCCUUCAGGAACUGCUGGAGCACGUCAGCCACAAGCAAAAACGGGGCAUCUACGAAGAGUACGAAGAUAUUCGGCGCAGGAGCCCGGCCGGCACCUUCGUCUGCUCUUUGGCACCCUACAACCAGGAGAAGAACCGGUACGGAGACGUGCCCUGCCUGGACCAAACCCGUGUCAAGCUGGCGAAGCCGUACAGCCGCCCGGAGUUGACCGAUUACAUCAACGCGAGCUUCAUGGACGGCUACAAGCAGAGGAACGCUUACAUCGGGACGCAGGGGCCUCUGGAAAACACCUACGGUGACUUCUGGCGCAUGGUGUGGGAGCAAAACGUCCUGGUGAUCGUGAUGACAACCCGGCUGGAGGAGGGAGGCAGGAGAAAGUGCGGCCAGUACUGGCCCUUGGAGAAGGAUUUCCAGGUGUGCUUUGGGGCCCUGACCAUCACCAACCUGGGCGUGGAGAACCUCAACCAUUACAAGAAAACCAUCCUGGAGAUCCAUAGCUCAGAGACCAGGGAGCGGCGGCUGGUGUCCCAUUUCCAGUAUCUGAGCUGGCCGGACUACGGCGUCCCCUCCUCCGCAGCCACCCUCAUCGACUUUUUGGGGGCCGUGAAGCAGCAGCAGAGGGUGGCGGUCAGCGCCCUGGGACCUCGCUUCAAGGGUCACCCCGGGGGACCCCCGAUCGUGGUGCACUGCAGCGCCGGCAUCGGCAGGACAGGUACCUUCUGCGCGCUGGACAUCUGCCUGUCCCAGCUGCAGGACGUGGGCACGCUGAACAUCUACCAGACGGUGCUGCGCAUGCGGACCCAGCGUGCCUUCAGCAUCCAGACCCCCGAGCAGUAUUACUUCUGUUACACCGCCGUCCUCGAGCACGCCCAGCGCGAGGGCCUGCUGCUCGCCAACCACAGCCGGGCCGGCCCGGAGAAAAGCUCGCCGGGACACUGAGACCCGCUGCCUCCCCACAGAACCCCCCCUUUUCCCGUCCUCCCGGGGCUGCCGGAGCCGCCUCCGCACCCGUCGGGGCUCGGCAGAGGCGGCUGCCCGGCGGUGGCCGGCGGCUGCCCAGCCUCGGCUACUAGCCCUGCUCUGGAACUGUGCCUUAUUCACACCAAACCGGGGCUGCCGCUCGCCGGGGGGUGGAGAACGGCGCGGGAAGAGGCUCUCGCUCCUCUCCGCGGUAUUUCUGUUGGGGGGUUUGGUUGUUCGGGGAGGUGGUUUUUCUUCUCUUCGAAUUGUUUCUUUAUUUUAUUUUAUUUUUUUUGUUGGGACCAUCUGAAAUGUAUCUAGAGAGGGGCUUUGUAAAGCCCUAGGAAAUGUAUUUCCAGUCCUGCCCUGGCCUGGGGCUUAGGAAGAGGCGCCUGCUUCAGUCUUACCUGCCACUACGUCUGUGUGUCUGUAUGUAUGUGUGUAUAUAAUAUAUCCUUGCUGUGCCCAACCCUGGCUAUUAUAUAGAUACAUAUAUACAAGCACCCUUUUUAGCAGCUCCUGCUGGUCCCCGCUGUCCUGCCGUCUCGCUGCUGUGUUCCCAGGAGCAGUGAGUUUGGUCCUGGCUCUGUCUUGUCCUUCCUUUUUCCCUUUCCUGCCCUCCCUGCUCCUCACGAGCAGCGUUGGGACUCGGUACCCGCUCCCAUCCCACGGGAGGCACGGGGUUGCUCAGCAGCAUCCCCCCCCCCACCCCCCACGCCACCGCUUUCCUUGUCUUAUCUUCCUCAUCGUCAUCUCCUGCUGGGAGAUGGCAGCUCUGCUCCCAAGAGGAGGAGCUGGAGGAUUUUGGCCACGGCGGGCGGGUGGGAUGGGGGGCGAGGAGCUCGCCUGGCGUUCCCCCGCCCCUCGGGGUGCAGCAGCGGGAGUCACUAGGUACGAGGUGAUGGGGACAGACAGGGACCGACCGGCUCUCCAGGUUGCCCGGCUUUUCCAAGCUGGCGGUGGGAAUCCGCGGGCCCAGCCCUGGGGUGAGUCAUGGGCUGGCAGAGCGCUGAGCAAAAAAACGCCAAAACCCUCGAGAGGCAGCGAGCCGAGCUCUGGGGCAGCAGCGCCGGCCGGGGACGGCUGCCCCGGCCCCCCUGGGGAGCUGGGACCGCCAGUGCCUGCGCCUCGGUGACUUUAUACUUGUAAUAAGCUCUUUGAAUGUGUAUAUUCUUAUUUUUUUAUAAUCUUGGGGGGGGGUGGGUGUUGGGGUUUUUUGUUUUAGUUUUUUUUGGUUUUUUUUUUUUUUUGUAUUUAACAUUAACUUGAUCCAAGCCAGAGCCAGAAGUAUUUGUAAAUGUUCCUAUUUUGCUCUUGUUCAGAGAAACAUUUUUGUUGUUGUUA